AUGGCGUCCUUUGAGGAUCGCGCUUAUACGAAUAGCCUUGAAUAUACACUCAAGGAGCUACGGCGCGAGUUACGAGAGCGUGAGCAACACUUGGCCGAGCUACGCGCAUCGCAAGAAGAGGGAAUCCUCUCGCCAAUAGCCCAAGUCCAGGUCAUAACUGCCGCAUUCAAUGAAGUCACAAAUGCAGAGCCAUUUGUCCCCAUGGCAGGCUCUUUGCUGCCUUCCUUGCUCGCCAUGCGCAAAACGCAUACCAUCAUCGCAGAGUCAAAUGCACUAGCCAAGGAGCAAGCCAAGGAGCAAGAAGCGCAAAAUAGGCAGCUAGAGGCUGACCGCGCCACCCUCAAGGACCAAAACCUCAUCCACGAGGCUCUUUCAGCGCGAAUAGCGUCGUUGCAAGAGGAGCUGAGCUCAAACGCAGAGGUUACCCGUGGCGACGCAGUGAACGAGAAGAGGGCAGAGCUCAAGCAAAAGGCCAAAGAUUUUAGCAGAAGGAAGCGGCAGCUCAUGAUUGAUCUGCUGGGCUUUAUGGAGCGUGAGCUCGCGCCGCUGCUCGUGGCGGAAGAAAUGGGCGGUCCGGUUGUCGGUGACUUGAUGGAUGUCGAUGCUCGCGACCUUGCGGCCGGAUUUACUGCGCAAGGUAAACUCAAGAAGACGGGGAAAGCUGAUGCUGGCCGUGACAAGAGCCAACGGCGUAUCGACGAGAUUUGGGGUAAUACGGGGGACGACGCGGGCUCUCGGCGCCCAAACGUCGACAACCAGCGAAGACGGCCCCUGAACGAUGUGGAAGCGGCAGCGGAGGAGAUGCGGUGGCUCACAGAGCAGCUGCUCAACAAAAUGACAGAGGCAGGGGGUAAUACAGAGGACUCGUACGUGACGAUCGGACGCGAGUCCGCUGCCGUUCGGUUCCUGAUACGAUCCAAAGUGGCGCAGUACCACCCGAGAGAUAUUUCACGGAUCAAACUGAUUGACUUUGGAAGAGAGUUGGAAGAGUAA